GUUUCGGGGGCGGAGGCUCGAGCGGCCAUUGUGAUUCGCGCGCUCGGUCGAAGUGUGUGUGAGAUUGUCGGCGCUGUGUAGGUCGUUCCGGGUCUUUUUCUCAUCCUCUCCUGUGCGGUGUGUAGCUGCUCGCGGUCGGCGCCAUGUCUCGGUAUCUCCGUCCUCCCAACACAUCGCUCUUCGUCAGGAACGUGGCGGACGAUAUCAGGUCAGAAGACCUGCGUCGGGAGUUUGGUCGAUAUGGUCCUAUUGUUGAUGUCUACGUGCCUCUUGAUUUCUACACUCGUCGCCCCAGGGGGUUUGCUUAUGUUCAGUUUGAAGAUGUACGUGAUGCAGAAGAUGCCUUGCAUAACUUGGACAAGAAGUGGAUAUGUGGACGUCAGAUUGAAAUUCAGUUUGCACAAGGAGACCGAAAAACACCAAAUCAAAUGAAAGCCAAGGAGGGAAGAAGCGAUUAUGAUGAAUAUGACCGGUACAGUAGGAGGUCCAGAAGUCGUAGCUAUGAAAGGAGAAGAUCUCGGAGUCGAUCUCUUGAUCAGAACUAUGGGAGAUCCUACAGCCCGAGGGGCCGUGCAUCAGAAAGGCCACGUCGUAGCAGAAGCCGUUCAGAACAUGGCAGGUUCAGCCGUCGGAAUCGAUCACAAUCCAGGUCUGGAUCAAACUCUAGGUCACGCUCAAAGUCCCAGCCAAAGAAGGAAGUAAGACACCAUCGCUCUGGCAGUAGAUCCAAUUCCAGAUCCCGGGCAGCUUCCAAAGCAGACAGCAAAUCAAAUCAUAAACAAAGCUCCAAAUAUAGCAGGGAAUCAAGAAGAGAACAAGAGAGAUCAAAAUCCCCAUCCCACUCUCCAUCCAGAUCACGGUCAAAAUCUAGAUCAAGGUCUUGGAAUAGUCAUAAAUCCAGUGGCCAUUAAUGCUAUUGAGUUCUUUUAUAGAAAUGUGAAUGUUUUUUGUUUUCUCGCCCUCCCCUCCUACACCCCAUCCAUCUUAAAGAUGCAAGUGCAACAAUUUGUGUCUAUUUCCUAUGUUGUAACCAUAAGUGAGAAGUGAAAAUACCUUAAACAAUGUUGUCAACUUUUUAUUUAGUUUUGUUAAUCUGUUAUUCAAGCUACUUUCUCUUCAACGCUAGUUUGACUCUGUACCUAUGUACAGCAUUUUUUAUUAUUAAUAGUGUUUAAACUGGCUGCAUAACCUUUUUGUAACAUGUAACUAUUUUGCCUAAAAGCCACAAAGGUUUGUGAAAUGGUUAGGAAUGAUUUCUAUUUAGAAAACGAUUUGCAUAUAUAUACAUUUCAUAUGAUGGACUGACUCAGUGUACAGUAAAUAAAGCGGUUUCCUAAUUAAAGGCAAAAAAAUGUAAGUGUUUUCUGAAUGGUAAUGCAAAAUUCAAGAUUUUAGUGUUUUCCAGUAUACAAUAAAUCCCUGUGCCAAGGAUUAGAAUCUCCACGUUUUGCAUGGUGUUAUGAGGCUGUAAAACUAAAUGCACCAUAUGUUGGCAUUUGUAAUCAAAUAGUGUUAAUGUGUGAGCAGAUUAAUGUAUUGAGGUGGGUGCAUGAAUUUCAGUUUUUGUGUGUGAAUAUUUCAUAAUUUCUUGAAUGCUGUUUGGUUUCAAAUCGGAAGUAAACUUGUUUGUACCCCCCACUUCUGUAGUAGUUAAUUUUUGUUCAUUAAGGUAUCACUUGGGAUUUUAUUUGAUUGUGUGAAGUAAUUUUUAUUAAUAAAUACUUGGGGUGCUCUCUAAUUUCAUGAUUAACUCAGUCUAGUUGGGAAACACUGGAUCAAAAAAAUUAGCCCAUUACAGGACAUAUCUUGAGGACUCUUACAGAGACAGGCACUUGAGAUGUCCCAUCUCUACAUUGUUUUGUAUGCAAUUUUAUUAACACACUGCAGUUUUUGUGGAGCUGCUGUAAUACAACUUACUUUACCAUUGCAAAAAAGAACAAAACUUUGUGUAUUUAUAUUUUUGUAAAAUCUUUAUGAAUCUCAUAAUUUCUGAAUAAUACCUGUAGAAAUUCAUAUAAUUUGCUUUUGUCAUUUAGUUUAAAUAGGUUUCCCUUGUACCUGAGACUUCACUUUUUAGUUUAUGUAAUCAUUUAUCUGCAGGACACAAUCGUGUUUAUCAAGUUUUUGUUAGUCUUUAAUAGUAUAUUGUAAUGUUUGCUGAAGACCUGUUGUGGAAUUGUCAUUUAUGUUCCCUUUCUUAUAAAGCUUGUAAAAAGAGGUAUUUUUAUAUGUUCUUAACAGAUGGUGUGUUAAAAACAUUAACUGAUAGCAACCAGUUUAAUUCCAAUAUAUACUCUGCUUGUUGUAUAUUUGGCAAACAUACUGUAAUAAAAAUGGAAAUUGUUUGUGUCCAUUUUUAUUUUCAAUAAACGAAAUGUCUAACCUGAUGCAAAA